UACUACAUAUAGGACACCACCAUGCAAAAAAACUUUCUUCCCAUCCUGUGCCCUGCGUAAAGAAAACACAAACCAUUUAACUUUAACCAGUGUAUAAGUUAUUGAAUAGACUGCAACAUUAUGCGACUGUGACUAUGGACUCCAAAAGACACCAGAUUAAAGACAUUCCACGCAUCUGGGCUAGGAAGAUAAUAACAAUUGUUUUUGCGUUUGACAUUGACAAAGAUGGAGUGGAGACAUAUGAAGACGUCAUGAAAAUAGCGGAUCGCAUUAUAAAAUCAGCAAAUCUGAAAGACCCUGCAUCGAGUAAAGUUGUACAAUUCAUCAGAGAUUUUUAUUCUGGCAUGGGAGAUGUGCUACCUGGUUACUGGUCAAAACCAUGGCAUGAACAAGUUGUUGACUCUUGGACAGCUGUAAAAAGUCAAAAAAAUAAAAAGAAUUUGGAAAAAUUCCAUGUCAAAAUGUUUGAGGCUAUAGACCUUGAUCCAGGUCUAGCAAGGCUACAGUUUGACUACAUGGAUACUGACCAUGAUGGGAAGAUUUCUCAGAAGAAAUACGCAGAUGCAGCUCUUGAUUAUAAUCUAAAUUACACAGACGAGGACACAAAUAAUCGUCUUUUCGGACCUCUGAUUGACUUUUAA